AUGGACAAAGUGGUCAUCAGUCUCCUGCUUCUGGGAACCGCAGUUACGAUGGUCCAUGCAUGUCCCAAAUACUGUGUCUGCCAGAAUCUCUCUGAGUCUCUGGGGACUCUGUGCCCCUCCAAAGGUCUGCUCUUCGUCCCACCGGACAUCGACCGGCGAACUGUGGAGCUCCGGCUGGGCGGCAACUUCAUCCUCAAGGUCACCACUCAGGACUUUGCCAAUAUGACAGGUCUGGUUGAUCUCACCUUGUCUCGCAACACCAUCAGCGCCAUCCAGUCUUUCUCUUUCAUCGACCUGGAGACCCUCAGAUCGCUGCACCUCGACAGUAACCGGUUGACUGAGCUGGGACCGGAUGACCUCCGAGGGCUGGUCAACCUGCAGCACCUGAUCCUCAACAACAAUCAGCUAAGUCGGAUCUCCAGCGCAGCCUUUGAUGACUUGUUAUUGACACUGGAGGAUCUGGAUUUGUCAUAUAACAACUUGCGCAGUGUGCCUUGGGAAGCCAUCCGCAAGAUGGUCAACCUCCAUCAGAUGAGUCUGGAUCAUAACCUCAUCGCCUUCAUUGCAGAGGGGACUUUUACAGAUCUGGAUAAACUGGCCCGCUUGGACCUCACCUCCAACCGUCUCCAAAAGCUCCCUCCUGACCCCAUCUUUGCGCGCUCUCAGAGCAAUGUAGUAAUGAGCACUCCUUAUGCACCUCCUCUCUCUCUAAGCUUUGGCGGAAACCCAUUGCACUGCAACUGUGAAGUGCUUUGGCUUCGAAGACUGGAGCGUGAGGAUGACAUGGAAACCUGCGCUUCUCCUACUAGUCUAAAGGGGCGCUACUUUUGGUCUGUUCGUGAAGAGGAGUUUGUUUGUGAGCCCCCUCUGAUCACGCAACAUACACACAAGUUGCUUGUGCUGGAAGGCCAAACGGCUAGCCUGCGCUGCAAAGCAGUCGGUGAUCCAAUGCCAACUGUGCAUUGGGUUGCUCCUGAUGACCGCUUGAUCAGCAACUCCUCCCGAGCAACGGUCUAUGAAAAUGGCACCCUGGACAUUACAAUCACCACAUCCAAGGAUUACGGGACCUUUACUUGCAUUGCUGCCAAUGCUGCUGGAGAAUCUACAGCCUCCAUUGAGCUGUCAAUCAUUCAACUCCCCCAUCUGAAUAAUGGUACAAACCGUACCACACAGUCCAAGUCAGGGCUUUCGGACAUAACUAGCUCUACUAAGAUCAGCAAAGGGGAGCCUAAACCUUUACCAGAGAAGGUGGUGUCUGUGUCAGAAGUGACUGCCGUUUCUGCUCUGGUCAAGUGGACUGUAAGCAAAUCAACUCCAAAGGUCAAAAUGUAUCAGCUUCAGUACAAUUGUUCAGAGGAUGAAGUUCUCAUUUAUAGGAUGAUUCCCAUGAAUAACAGAGCCUUUGUAGUCACAAAUCUUGUCCCAGGGAUGCAGUAUGACCUGUGUGUCUUGGCCAUCUGGGAUGACACCGCCACCACCCUCACCGCCACCAACAUUGUAGGCUGUGUCCAGUUUAUCACCAGGGAGGACUACCCGCAGUGCCAGUCUCUCCACAGUGGCUUCCUGGGUGGCACUAUGAUCCUGGUCAUUGGUGGCAUCAUCGUGGCCACAUUGCUUGUGUUCAUCAUCAUCCUCAUGGUGCGAUAUAAGGUGACAAGUGGCAUCCAGACUAAUAAAUUACCCACUGUGAGCAACACCUACUCACAGACCAAUGGGGGGUUGAACCGGUUCAACGGUGUUCCACCACAGGUCAAAUCCACGGUGGUGGUCAUGCGUGAGGAAAUGGUAGAGUUCAAGUGUGGAUCCCUCCAGAGCAGUCUCUCCUCAUCAUCAUCCUCUUCUAACUCAUUAGAUAGCCAAACAGGAAGGGGGACUGGCGACCGCUACAGCAUGCAGGGUAGCGAAUGCAGCACUCUGCCCAGCAGCAAGUUCAGGAGGCACAGGCACGGCGCCAAAGCACGGCAAAACCUGGACCACCUUUUAGGGGCUUUCACCUCACUGGAGCUGAGAGGAGUAGCGAGGGACCACCAAGGGGCUCCUGGCCCCGCCACCACUUCCAAUGCUAUGAUGACGGUGGCCAUGGUGCCCCCGUCCGAUAAAGAACCCCUGCUCGGGAGGGCAGAGUCCACCACCAUGCUGGGGCGUCUACUAGGGAUGCCCCAGGAGGGUAAGCCCAAGAGGAGCCACUCUUUUGACAUGGGUCACGUUGGGGCUGCACAGUGUCGCAGCAACUACCCUCGCAGGAUCAGUAACAUCUGGACUAAGCGCAGUCUGUCUGUUAACGGCAUGCUGCUGCAGUAUGAUGACAGUGAGGAUGAGAAGCCCACUUUUGAGAGCUCGGAGUGGGUGAUGGAAAGCACAGUUUGAGUGGGUCUAUCUGCGAGGUCCAUGGCCAAAAAAAUCAGGAACUAAAGGAAGAUGAGUGCAGAGGCAGGAUGAUCCAGAGGGGACCUGCCUUUGGGUAUUGCAUGAAGUUCAUCCAUGUGAAUACUGUCUAAGUAACUAUGUGAUAAAAGACACUCAAAUCGAUAGAUUCCUGGCCAUGAUCUCAAAUCUCUGACAGUGUUUAACUGUAUUUGAAAUCUUGUUCCCAUCUCAAACCAACGCCGAAUCGUGGAUUGUGCAGAGGGAA